UUAUACCCGUUAGCUUGCGGCAUUUUGGUUAAAAAGUUUGUGAAGUGAAAAAAUCUAAUGAAACUGAAUACGAGGUUCACUUGAAUUAACAAGUCAGCUUGUUCAAAAUAUUGAAAUCUAAAGUCGUGAAACUUGUCCUAACCGUUUUACUAAUAAUUUGUAAGAAUUAGAAAGUGUUUUGAAGGAAAAAAGUUCACAGAGUUCUACGCUGUAGUUUGUUGGCGAAUGAGGAGCAAAAAUGGCCGAUGGCGUGGAUAUUGAUUUAUAUGCCGAUGAUCUCGAGCAGGAUUUUAAUCAAAAUAAUGACGAAUUUGGUGGCGACGGGAACGAUUUGUAUGACGAUGUUAUUACACCUUCCGGAGAUCAUAAUAGGAACAAUUCCAGUACUGGUGCCUCGUUGGACAGGAUGGAUGGAAUGGACACGAAUGGUGGCUACCAUCACCAUGGGUCAGGAUCCAUGAACCAUAUUGCCCGUAGACAUCAGUUGUAUGUAGGAAAUUUGUCAUGGUGGACAACGGAUCAAGAUAUUGCGGAUGCAAUUACUGAUGUGGGAGUGAAUGAUUUCCAGGAAGUGAAAUUUUUCGAAAAUCGAGCUAAUGGUCAAUCUAAAGGAUUCUGUGUGGUUUCAUUGGGUUCGGAAAACAGCAUGCGUUACGUGAUGGAGCGUUUACCGAAGAAAGAAUUGUAUGGACAAAAUCCAGUUGUAACUCUUCCAACGAAGCAAGCAUUGAAUCAAUUUGAAAGUCAACAGAAAACAAGACCCACUCCACCGGCGCAAGGGCAAACUAAUGGUCCAAGACCUCCUGGUCCCAAUAUGGGUAUGGGGAUGGGGAUGGGUGGUCCCGGUGGUUCUCACGGGGGCCCGGGUGGUCCCGGAGGACCAGGAGGCCCUGGUAUUGGAGGUCCACCGCGUAUGAGUAUGGGAAUGGGACCCAAUAUGCCACCUGGUAUGAGACCGCCUCAUAAUCAUCCAAUGCAAGGACCAAUGCACAUGCAAGGUCCACCAGGGCCCGGAGGUCCUCCUAGACCGCAGGGACCACCGAUGCACCAAGGAAACGGACCGCCCCAGCAAGGACACCCGCGAUUCCAAAAUCAAGGUCAAUGGAAUGGACCUCCACGAAUGAAUGGUCCAAGGCCGGGUGGACCUGGUCCAAUGCAGCAUAGACCGCAAAUGGUAAAUAAACCGCAUUACCAAUCACAGAGAUCACAGAGAUUCAUGGAUUAUGCUGGACCGCCGUCUCGUGGACCCCGGCCAGAUUGGAAUGGUCCACCGAUGCACGGAGGACCCGGGUUUCCGCCAGGGCCACCUGGUCCUAGACAAGGUCCACCACAUAUGCAAGGACCGGGACGUGGUCCUCCGAUGGGUGGUGGUCCACACGGUCCAGCACCACAUGUAAAUCCAGCAUUUUUCAACCAAGGAGGCGGUCCUCCGUCUCAUCCCAACGGAGGACCAGUUCCCCAUGGUCCUCCUGCUGGGCAAGGUCCUCCACAACAAUUCAAUCCACAGGGUGGAGCCGCACCUCGUGGACCGUGGCCUCCAGGUCCUAGCGGUAAGCCACCAGGAGGUCAGUUCCCUGAGCAUGGGGUGACGCCACAAUUGAGUGAGGCAGAGUUUGAAGAGAUUAUGACACGGAAUCGUACUGUUAGCAGCUCAGCUAUUGCUAGAGCCGUAUCGGAUGCCGCAGCUGGAGAAUAUUCGAGUGCGAUCGAAACGCUGGCCACGGCUAUAUCCCUUAUCAAACAAUCUAAGGUAGCUCACGAUGAACGUUGUAAGAUUUUGAUCAGUUCCUUGCAAGAUACGUUGCACGGUAUCGAAACGAAGAGCUACAGCAGACGGGAACGGUCCCGGUCUAGAGAUCGUUCUUCACAUCCUCGCUCUAGGUCACGUCGAGAAAGGUCUAGUUCGCGUGGCUAUCGUGAACGUUCUAGAGAAAGAGACCGUAGCGAACGAGACCGCGAUAGAGAUCGCGAGAGGGAUGGCUCAAGGCGUUCUCGUCCACGCAACAAGACACCGGAGACAACUACUGACAAUUCAACUGACAACACUAAGCGCUACUACAAUGACGACCGCUAUAGGUCAUCGGAUCGUGACCGUGAGCGAGAUCGAGAUCGCGAACGUAGGGAGGAACACCGAUCACGUCAUUAAAGUUCAAUUUUUGCAUCAUACGUACAUUAACAUACAAAAACCACGUCCCAUGUUGGAUCCCACUUCUCAUGUUGCGAAGGUGAAUGCAACAAACAACAAAAUCCGUGCCCAUUCUAUACAACUAAUGUGGAGGAAUUUUUCCGAAUGAUUGAACUCUCAUUACUACUGCAGUUCUUUAUGAGAAGUGUUUUAAAAUUCUACCAAAUGUAUCCUUACCCUUCGGUCACCCUCUCAAACAUUUUAGAGCAUAGGAAUAAUGUUGAAAUAACUGUCACCAUACGCGAAGGGCUAACAUUCAUUGAUCAUAAUUUUGUGGAACUUUUUCUGUACCCAUUUGCUGGGUAUCGAGCACCACAAUGAAGUAGCAUAAUAAGUGUGGAUUUAAUCUAUCCAUAUCUAGUAGAUGAAGUUACGAAAAAUUACUCCAUAAUAGAGCAUAACGAAUCCUUAACACUGGAUGAAGUUCUCUGCAUCGAAUGUCACUUCCAUCCGUUUCUUUAUCCGCAAUUACCAACCAGCUGAAACAAGGAUUCGCAUGCAUACGGCUUGUAACAGUUAAUAGUCGAUCAACGUCCGCAGUAUUCCGUAUUCGUCAGCCCGAAACAAAGUAGCGGAGCGAUAUGGCAGCCUGUCACCACGUUAUCGGAUCGGAGUUUUGCUGAAGGAAGAAUUAGAAGAUUGUAUUGAAUAAUUGAUUGAUUAAACUAAUAACAAUGAUAUUCCAAAAAGAACAAAAAACAUUUAUUGUGUAUUUCUAUUGUACAUUAAGAAACAAAUUAUAAUAUUUUAGGAUAGCUAUGUUUUCGUUUAUUUUGAUUUUUUUUUAAAUAUUUUUGUUUUAAUUUAAAUCUGUUUUGGAUUAUUUUUAUUUCGUUCUAUUUAUUUUAUACAUACUCUCGAAAUUGUUACUCCUGAACUUGCAUUUCUAAUAUGUAUUACAAGCAAGGUACUGUAAAUAGUAACGAAAAGACUGACUGCAUUGUAUGACCUAUAAUUAUAUGAUUCGUAUACUGUCCAUAUACGCAUUUUUGUCUCCACAGCCUGUAAGAAGGUAGAUGACUAUAAUUUUGAAUCCGCACCGUGCAGAAAUAUUUUAUAAACUCAAAUAUCUCCAGACUCCAAAACAAAUAGAUUAAGCCAAAACAAACGUAUGUAUGUAGCAAGAAGUUUUGUAAUUCUCAUUAAGUGCUCCAGAACAUAGUCGAAGUUUAACUAUGUUACAUUACUUUCGUAUAUGGGCGGUAUUCGGUUAUUAAGAAACAUUGAUACCUGUAUAAAAUUCUGUGAUAAUGUUUCCAUUGUUUCACGAUUACAGCAAUACUAAAUGCUAAAUUUAUCCGAAUACGAAAUGUGAUCACUGAGUCGUGCGAUUAGAAAACUUCACUAGAUGCAAUCCUCACAACUCAAUUCAAAUUGCACUUUUGAUUGCACUGUAGCUUACGGACUCGUACGACACAGUCGUGCCAGAUUGUUUUUAACAAUUUAAAAAAAUAAACUGUCCAAGCUUCCAUGUGAGAUAGAGAAGUAACACUACAAACUGUGAACAUUCAGUUUUUGUUCUGAAAAAUAUUGCUUAAUAAUUGUGCAAACUUUCCGAAUGUAGAAACCCCAAGCCAUGUCCGUCCGCUUGUUAUUGCGAUCAAAAUUAGCAGAAUAUAGUUAUUUUAAUCAUUUUAUCGCCAUUUUGUAACCAUAACGAGUAAAUUUGAAAACAGCACGUAUCACAACUGUAAGACAUCACUGGGAAAAUCACUGAGCACAACCAUAUAACUUGUGUUAAAUAGAACAUUUAUAUUCACUAACCUAUUGGUUUUCUUAAAGAACAGCUUACAUAAUUUUUCCGUAACCUAAUAUAUGGCCCAUAAACCUUUAUUUGAUUUUUAUACAAUCAUCGAACCUAGUUUUAAAACCGAUUAUAAAACGAUUCACUUAGCUAAACUCAGAUCCACAAGGCAUUGCUAAAGACAGGUUAGUAGCAACAAAACUUUUUCUGAAUGUAUUAUCUACUUUUUUGUAAGUGAAUCUGGAAUUAAUAACUAUGCCAAGCCAAUAAAAAACAUAAAUGUUAUUCAAACAAUAUAAUAAA